AGUCGAGGCGGGGAGAAGAAACCACAGCGGAACCAACAGUACUGGGAGUCUGUCGUCUGGGAGGUGCCACUGGUUUGAUCCCCAAAUCCCACAAACUUAAUGAAGUUGGAUUAUUAUUUGUUUUGCGUUGAAGACAAAGAAAAAGAGAAAAGCCCGUUUAAAGAGCCAUGACCCACGGAAUUAUCUGGAUAUUUUGCCUGUGAUGUUCUGGAAAAACUUUUAUUGGACGAUGUUGUCGCCGCUUUUGGGAGGCUUUCCAUGUAUGAAGUAUAUGUUUUUUAUUCCCAUAGGCCAUCUCUUCUUGUUUCGCUGCCUCCAAUAUUUAUACCGUGGCUGGUAAUUAACAUAAUCUUGCAUUCCUGUUAAUUUCCACAAAAUGAAGGACAACACGGACUCCGGAUUGCCACCCAAACGCAGAUUUUUUGGCAGUUUAUGAAUGCAGCUGUAAUCACCCAGGGGAGCUUCAAGUACUUAAAUGGGUCCAUCAUGAGAACGAGACAAUCAAGCUCCUUUAUGCCUCAAGAUCAGCUGCAGUUUCUGCACAUUGUCUGUUAUGAAUAGACCGAUCUCCAAUUGAGCCUCUUCACUUUGGAGAUUUUUCGAUUUUCGAUUACACAGCUAUUGAAAUUAGGAUGCGCCGCUUUUUUCUCUCUUAGCCUGGUGGCUCGGUUGCGGUAUUUUUUUUUUUUUUUUUUUUGAUUGCCAGAUGAAAUUGACACUCGGGUUGCCACUUAUCAAGCGAAGCAUUUCAAUUCACCGCUAAUUGCAGAUAUAGUGCCAUCCUUUCUUUUCACUGCGUUUGAUUGCAUGGGAAUACAGCCUCCCAUUGCGCACAAGAAGAAUGAUCGAUCAUAUAUAGGGUUUUUUUUUCUUCUAAUUGCAUCAAAAUUUCUUUUGUUGCCAGGGUUUAAAUGCAGGAGAAACUGUUAUUCGUUGUUUUGGACCGGAUAUAGUAUGGGCUGGGGCAGAGAUGCGUAAUGCGCAGAGCAAGCUCCAUCUUCUCUCCAAAUAGGCAACGUUCAAGACCCGAAAAUGUCUAAGUCGGAGGUGAAGAAGGAGUCCGGGGAGUCCAGUCCGUCGGAGGCCGCCUGUCUCUGCUCUCCUCCGGCAGCCAAGAACCAGUGCGCCAGCUGCGGCAUGGAGAUCCACGACCGAUACCUGCUGAAGGUCAACAACCUGAACUGGCACUUGGGCUGUUUGGAGUGUUCAGUCUGCAGAGCGUCUCUGCGCCAACACAACAGCUGCUACGUUAAAAACAAAGAAAUCUACUGCAAACUGGAUUAUUUCAGUAGGUUCGGCACUAAGUGCGCCCAGUGUGGCCGGCAGGUGUACGCCAGUGACUGGGUGCGGCGGGCUCGGGGCAGCGUGUACCACCUGGCCUGUUUCGCCUGUUUCUCCUGUAAGAGGCAGCUGUCCACGGGGGAGGAGUUUGGCCUGGUGGAGGGCAGGGUGCUCUGCCGCAGCCACUACGACAUCAUGCUGGACAACCUCCGCAAGGCUGCCGAAAACGGUACAGGACUGACUCUGGAAGGAGCGCUGCCCUCUGAUCAGGACUGCCAACCAAAACCAGCCAAGAGGGCGCGGACAUCGUUCACUGCGGAGCAACUGCAGGUGAUGCAGUCUCAGUUCGCUCAGGACAACAACCCUGAUGCUCAGACUCUACAGAAACUGGCAGAAAUGACGGGACUGAGCAGGCGAGUCAUACAGGUUUGGUUUCAGAACUGCCGCGCGCGACACAAAAAGCAGCCGCCUCAGAGCAGCUUCUCUCAGAGCGCUCCGCUGUCCAGGAUGCCUCCAUCGCUGCCAGACGAUAUCCACUAUUCACCGUUCAGCAGCCCGGACCGGCCGCACCUACUGGCCCUGCACGGAUACCUGGACAGUGUGUCAGCUCAUCCCUUCUCCGUCCUCGCUGCCCCGGGCCACUUGACCCAUCCGUCCAUCUCUUUACCACAGCUUCCCAUCAGCCGCUGACCUCCUGCGUCUACUUUUGCAGCGUCAAAAAAAAUCCUUUUGGACGUACUGUCAGUAAUCUGCUCUGUUUGGGAGUCUAAUCCCCGGGCAGCAGGGACCUUGGCGACCUGUUUUCAAUCAGUUGGAUUCUUCGCUGGGAGACUGAUGAGCUAAACUUGUCUUUUAAAGACAGAAGACUGGAGAAAUGUCAAGCCUCCACGCCAGCAUGGGAGGGUUUUUUUAUUUUGUUUUUUAUGAUGCAGAGAAGAGGAACACUUUUAUUUUAUUUUUCCUCUUUUUGAUGGGACGCAAAACAUUGCAUCAGGUCAGGAUUUCUUUCCUUUUGUUUACCCACUCAUACAAGGUAUUUUAAUUAUAAUGCUGCAAUAUGAGCUCUCAAAAAAGAAGAAAAAAGGAGAGUUGUAGCAGUAUUACAGUAAAACCUCAGCAUUUUUUUUUGUAUUGGUGAUGAGCACAUUUGCAGCUUUACUGUUGUUUGUUGUUGUGUUGUCAGAAAAUGGAAACUCUUAUUUAUUCAGAACAAAACUUCACUUUUAAAAAGCACUUUUAAAUGUGUCUUGAAAUUGAAUAAUUCAGUGUUUGUACAUUGUAAAUACUGCUACAGUUUAAUAAAAAUGUAUCAGAGCUGUUAUGAAAAUGUUAGUGUUUUAAUAAUUGAGGAUCAGGUUGAUUUAAUCAUGCAGAGAGAGCAAGAGUGAGAGUGUUUUUAUGUGUGUGUGUGUGUGUGUGUGUGUGUGUGUGUGUGUGUGUGUGUGUGGGUGUGUGGGUGGCUGAAAUUGUCAGGACAAACACAUUUUCAAAGACAGAGCACACACAGAGAAAUGUGAAUGCAUCUCCACUGGAAGCACAUUAUAUCAGGACACUGUUUUUCCACUAAGAGCUGCAAAAAUCGAAAGGUCGCCUUGUCAGAGGCCAAGUACCUGCAGUAACCUGUUGCUGAGAGCAAUAUCCUGCGACAAACCUGCACAUCACCUCCAAUUUACACUUAACAGGAAAUGUGAUCAAUCCUACUGUGAAAACGAUUAUUUGAAACGACAUUUUUACUCAAAGCGUGGCCAUUGAUCGGGCAGUUUGUUGGCUUUUGUGAGGCCUUUUAACGCAGAUUAUCUACAGUUGUUACAUUGAUUGACAGCACUUAAGGGGCUGCGCUGGGAAGAAUGAAUGGGAUACUUUGAGUUAAAGGAUAUCAUUAUAUCUGGAUUUUCCAAAGUGGAUCAAUGUGCCUUCUUUUUUUUUUUACCACUGAGGUAAAUUCAUGAGUGUGACACGCCCCAUGCAUUUCUAGUUUCACAAUCCUGAGCGCAGCCGGGAUACAGGAUUUUUGAGGCUGGUAGAGAUAUUGAUAUCUGAGAGUUUAAACAAAUCUGAUGAUGGUGUAUUCUUUUCCAUAAACAACAUACACAAAUAUUUUGACAAAUAAAUUUUUUUAAGCAAUAGCUCAACAUUUUUGGCCUUAUUUGCUUUCUUGCGAAGAGUUAGAUAAGAAGAUGGAAGCCACUCUCACAUCUGUAUAAAUUUAAGGCUGCAGCCGAUUAGCUUAGCUUAGUGAAAAGUACUGAAAUGGGGAAACAGCUAGACUGGCUCUGUCCAAAGGUACAAUAAAUAAUAUUAAAUAAAUAUGCAUACCAUCAUACCCACAAAUGAAUAUGUUAUAUUUCGUUUUUGGCAACUUUUUCUGGCACCCUGGGUGAUUGUAGGCCCAUAAAAUGGCGAAUUGUGGUUUUUACAGGCUAGCUGUUUCCCCCUGGUUCCAGUCUUUCUGCUAAGUUCAUGAGAGUGAUGUUGACACUCUCAUUUCCCAAAAUGUCAAAGUAUUCCUUCAAAGAAUUGUUACCAAGAGCAGAACAUUUUGCAGUUAAAAAAUAAACCUGUACAAAUGAUGAAA